GGUACGUUGCAACAGCAAGUACAGAGAAGACGGACUCCACUCUCCGGUGGUGUAACAAAUUUAAAGCUAAUGAGAACAUUUGCAGUUCUUGGAGGGGGGAUUGGGGGUUUGGCAGCAUCUUACUAUCUCUGCAAGAGCCCUCAGGUUGCAAAGGUCAUUGUAUUGGAGUCCAGCAGUCGUUUUGGAGGUUGGCUUUGGUCCACCAGAAGGUCAGAUGGGGCAGUAUUUGAACAUGGACCCAGAGGGAUUCGACCUGCUGGGGCAGUGGGAUACAACACACUCAAUAUGGUUGAUGACCUGGGUCUUGUGGGGGAGAUUCUGCCAGUUACCUACGGUCAUGUCGCCUCCAACAACAGAUAUCUGUAUGUCAACAAACGGCUCCACAGGAUGCCUUCAGGGAUAAGAGGACUUUUACGGACUGCUCCACCCUUCUCUCGUCCUCUCUUGUUGAGUGUUGCCAUGGAGAUACUGGUGAAGAAGGGCAAGGAAGAGGACGAGUCCAUCCAUUCAUUUGUUUCUAGGAGGCUGGGAAAGGAGCUGGCAGACAUAGCUGUGGACAGUUUGUGUCGAGGUGUGUAUGCAGGGGAUUGCAGGAAGUUGAGUGUGCGCUCUUGUUUUCCUCUCCUCUACAACGCAGAGCAGCAAAGAGGUUCUCUGACGCUGGGCAUGCUGCUGGGUUCAGGUCCCACUCCUGUGGUACCCCCUGGCCCUCUGGCUCAGAGAUCUAUUAAAGAGUCAUGGUCCCAAUGGUCUCUGAGGAGGGGUUUGGAGUCCCUCCCAGAGUCCAUCACUGAGUACCUGCAACAGAGCGGGAGAGUUCAACUUCAUAGAGAGGCAACUGUUAAACAGAUCAGUCCUUCAGCGUCUGGUUGGAAGAUUCAUUUGGAGGAUGGAGUCAUUUCAGCUGACCACAUCAUCUCAGCAUUGCCAGCUAAAGCCCUCUCUUCAGCCCUGCCCUCCUCCUUUCAGCCUCUUAUCCAGCAGUUGCAGGACAUUGACACAGUGACGGUUGCUGUGGUAAAUCUGGAGUAUGAGGGUUCCAUCCUGCCUGUAACAGGUUUUGGUCACCUGCUUCCAUCAUCAGAGGAUCGCGGUUUACUAGGGGUCGUCUAUGAUUCUGUUCCCUUCCCACAACACAAUAGGCCGAAUGGACAGACUACUAGACUGACGGUGAUGAUGGGUGGGGCGUGGUUCCAGGAAGCGUUUGGGGCCCCAGAGGCAGUAACAGAGGAGUACCUUUUAGCAAGAGCCACUGAGGCAGUGCAGUGCCACCUGGGAGUCACCACAGCACCCACCUGGAGUUGGGUGGCUCUACAGAGGAACUGCAUACCCCAGUAUUAUAAAGGACACUUUCGGAGAGUGGAGUCCAUGCGUAGCUUCAUAAAGAAGAAUAAUCUUUCACUAUCUCUGAUUGGCUCCUCCUAUGAUGGGGUGUCAGUGAACGAAGUCAUCUUUAGCGGACGGACAGCUGUAGAGGAGUUGUCAACAACUGUUUGAUGGAGAUGGUCAACACUGGAACAUAUCCUAGCUUGUUGUAUUGCUUUUGGGGGAAACAUGCAGUCACUAACGUCAUUCUGCAGGCUACAGGUCAGGUCAGCUGUAGUAGUUUCAACAGCUUCAAGACUUGCCUGGGAAUGUCGAGACUGGUCAGUAUAAAUGCUGAAUGGUGAAAGUUCUUUUUUCUUCAGUGCCACUGUAUCUAAUUAAUAUUGUAAUAUUACAGUGUCUACAUAAUGAUAUGUACUAUGUUAAUAUAUGCAGUGUCUGUGUUCUCUUUUCACUUUUAUGCCUCUUAUUUCCUAGUUAUUUCAAGGUAGCUAACGUUCACACAUUAUUAUUGCUUUCCAGUUUAUCUGAUUUGGCUACUGAUGUGACUUGGCACUUCAAUUAAAACCUUAUUGUACCUACAA